AUGACCAAAGGCCUCAAGCCACGGGCUGGCUCCAGACCGGCAGACGAUCCAUCUCCGUCCUGGGGCUCCGUCUCCGAGAACACCACUCCAAUGUUGAGCGCCACCGCCUCCAACAACCACUCGCUCUUCUCCUUUGGCCGCAACAAUGGCUCCGACAACGUGGCUGCCGCCUCCGGGAAUCCCUCCACCAACAGCUCCGCCCACCAUGGCGACGACUCGGCCGACCGAUCCACCUUUGAUUUCCUCCCGUCCGUCAGUUUCGACGAUCUGCAGAGCAGCCUCGAGUCCGCCUCGCACGAGUUCAAGCUAGCCCAGUUUCCCUUGCCCUCCGGCCAGGGCGCCAUCCUGGACCCCAAGGCUGACCGUCCGGUCAAACCGGUCGUCUUUACGGCCGGAGGCCCAGUCCCUUCUGCUGGCCCCGGCUCUUCCCGCAUCGCUGGCCCCUCGUCAACCCCCAUCUCGGCCGUGAACGUCCUGCCCGCCGCUCGCAAUGUGAGAGCAGGUAUUCUGCGUCGUCCCAGCCUCACCAAUCGCCAGAGCAGCAUCCCGGCUUCUUCGUCCGUCUCCGACACGACCUCGGCGGCCGUCGCCACGAGACAGCGUCGUCCGAGCCACUACCCCCCCGUCUCCAACAGCAACCUCAGCAAGGCGCCAAGGAAGUCGGUCAAUUCGGGCAUCUUCGACCCCGAACAAGGAUCGGGCCUGGCGCGGUCUUCAUCGCGUCGACGGCCAAGCGUGACGUCCAUCUCGGACGGUCCAGCCUCUGGCUCGACCCGUUCGUCUCUGGAUAGCAGCAACCGCCUGAGUGGCAGCCUGACCGGCUCACGGACCACUACCGUGAAGCCUUUCCAAUUCAGCGGUGGCGCCCCCAAGGCGUCCGCUGCAAGCGGUAGCAGCCAGAACCAGAGCCAGAACCAGAGCCACCCUGCUAGAGCCAUGGGGCCGACGUCUCGGGCACCACGGAGCAGCAAUGGCCUGAGCAACAACAGCACGCCCAUCCACAACAGCACCAUCAGCGUCGGGUUCGGAAGCGCUUCCAAGGGGUCGGCCAGUCAGCCAUCGUCGGCGAAACGGGCGUCUGUUGCGCCUUCUGCCCUUCACGCAACCGGGCUGGGUGCAAGGACUAUCAGUCCUACCGAUACCAGGAGGCUGAAGCGCAUGUCCACUAUGCCGCCCAGCAACAGCAGCAGCUUGACUGCCAGUGGAAGCACCGGCGCCAGCGCCAGCGCCAGCGUCAGCGUCAGUGCCAGCACCACAACAAGUACGUUGAACAUUGCCAGCACCGCCAGUCGGGAUACAGCCCAGCUGGCAGCCGUAUCUCUGCCGCCAUCGGGAGAGGUCCGGGCUUCGUCGCGGUCACCAUCCGUGCUGCCGCCAAAGACGUCGACGCCCUCGUCCCAGCGCACAACGCCCGAUCCGAACCGCAAGACCUACACCGCAGGCCUCUCGGCCGGCUCGUCGGCCAACUACAAUGCUGCGCGCAACUCGGUCGGCUCGGUGCAGCCUCGACUGCCACAGGCAAGCAUGCCCAUUCCCAUCAAUAGCUCGCGCCUGCCAGGCCCUAAGACGCUGGCACCACGAACCUCCAUGUCCAAUCUCGACGAUGGCGAGGACGUGCCGCCGGUGCCGGCCAUUCCCAAGGCGUACGAGUCACCCAAGGGCUCGCCGGCCGAGCUGUCCUUUUUGGAGAAGCGCAAGUCCGGCCUUGCCUUUGACAGCAGCAGCACCCGCAGCACGUCGACCGCGAGCCUCUCCGGCAGCCAUCCGCAGUCGUUGGAACCGCCGGCUAAGAUCCAGCGCCAGGCCAGCACACGGGCUUUCCGAAGCGGUGACAAGACGAGCCAGCUGAGCCAGAUGAGCCAGCUGAAUCAAGCGAGCCAGACCAGUCAGGCAAGUCAGGCAAGUCAGGCAAGUCAGCCAGCCAACGGUGUAGCUACAUCGAAUGGCAACAACAAGAAAAACCUGCAGCCACUGCGAUUGCCACCCAUCAACCUGCAGCCGUUGAGCACACCCACGACCGCAAAGAUCGCCGCCCUGCAACAGAAGAACACGACGAACCGGAAUCUCAGCCCGCCGCCGUCCCGCAUCAUCGCCAAGACCCCGACCACGCCAAUGACGGCCAAGGGGUCCUUCUUUUCGCGGCACCGCCACGACGACGACCUGGCUGACUUCCCGGCAGCCAUACGGAGCAGCUCGUCCGUACACCACCACACACGUCGCGACUCGCCGAGCGGCGAAGAUACCGCCAGCUCGUCCGACUCCAUCGCGCCUGUCCCGACGAAAUCGCCGUUCCACAAGCCGUCCAUGUCGCCGUUCUCGUCCUCGUCCGUCCCCAAGGGCGGCAGCCCUAUGAGCACCAACAUGUUCAAACGGCGCACCAUCGACGGCAACGACGGCGACUUUGCCGGCGUGUUCACAACCCCGGCUCUGCCACCAAUACCGGUCACCACACCGCACAGGCCGUCGGGACCGCGCGCGCCGGCACCGACGCCGUCCAGAGCGUUUGCUGCCAUGGAGGCCGCAUCGGCCAUCAUCGCAUCGGCGGCCGCUGCUAUGGCCGAGAACCCGAUGCCGCCUCUGAAAACUGCCAUGCUGCCGCCGGCCAAAUCACCACCGCCGUUGUCCAGUCCAGAGGAGCCGCCGACGCCGUCGUCCAUCGGCUCGUCCCUUCGGCGGAAGCUGAGUCUGUCGUGGAAGCGCAACAACAAAGCUGUCGGUGGGGCUCAGCCGGAAGUGGCCGUUCCAUCGACUUCGGGCGACCCUUCCAAACAGCCGCAACCCCCACAGCAACACCACCUGCCCUUUCACCACAAGCGCCAGUCCUCUGCUAACGUGAAGCACGACGGAAUGCCGCCACCGCGCAUUCCCAUCUCGGCCACGCUGAACUCACUCAAGGCGAGCCCGACGUCCGAUCUGCCGAGGGAUCCGACACGGCGGAAGACGUCUGCCUCGAGCAUGAACGCCAUCGUAGCACACGACAGGACAGACAAGAAGCGCAUGGCAGACAGCCAGCACAAGAAGGAAAUGACGAUCAAUACGUUGAUGGCGGCAGCAGAGGCCAACGCGAGCACGAGCACGGUAUCGUCCACGCGCACGUACGCGACGCAGAACUCGUCGGCGGUGCAGAAGAUAGUCAAGGGAAAGGCAUCGUCGAGCAGUCUCCGGCAGCAGAAGCAGUCGUCGCAGCAGUCGGCGCCACAGCAGCACCUGACCCACCGGCAUCGGCACCACGAGAAGACAGAGGCGGUAUCGACGUCGGCCCUGGACAAGGACGACCUGGUGGCGGAAGAGGAGAUGCGGAAGCUGGGCUCGCGCCGCAAGGAAACGGAGCUGGCAGCACGGACGCUGGACGCGCUGCGCAAGCGGGCGACGCCCAAGGAGCGGGUCAGCCCGCAGGAGGCGAUCCGCAUUGCGAUGCUAAACAUUUACGAGCGCGGCGAGAUCAUCGACUACAACGACGUGUACUUUUGCGGGACGCAGAACGCGGCCAAGGUGGUGGGUGACCUGCACGCGGAUCUGCCCAACUUUGGCUACGACGACGAGCGCGGCGACUACUCGAUCGUGCCGGGCGACCAUCUGGCGUACCGGUACGAGAUCAUCGACCUGCUGGGCAAGGGCAGCUUCGGCCAGGUGGUACGCUGCAUCGACCACAAGACAGGCGUGCUCGUGGCGGUCAAGAUCAUCCGGAAUAAGAAACGGUUCCACCAGCAGGCCCUGGUGGAGGUGAACAUUCUGCAGAAGCUGCGCGAAUGGGACCCUCAAAACAAACACAGCAUGGUCAACUUCACGCACAGCUUCUACUUCCGUGGCCACCUGUGCAUCUCGACGGAGCUGCUGGACAUGAACCUGUACGAGUUUAUCAAGGCGAACGGGUUCCGCGGCUUCUCGAUCAAGAUGAUCCGACGGUUCACAAAGCAGCUGCUGGGCUCGCUGAUGCUGCUGAAGCAGCACCGGGUGAUCCACUGCGAUCUGAAGCCGGAAAACAUCCUGCUGCGGCACCCGCUGCACACGGAGAUCAAGACGAUCGACUUUGGGUCCAGCUGCUUCGAGAACGAAAAGGUGUACACGUACAUCCAGUCGCGCUUCUACCGGUCACCCGAGGUGAUCCUGGGCAUGACGUACGGCAUGCCGAUCGACAUGUGGAGUCUGGGCUGCAUCCUGGCGGAGCUGUACACGGGCGUGCCCAUCUUCCCGGGCGAGAACGAGCAGGAGCAGCUGGCCUGCAUCAUGGAGGUGUUUGGGCCUCCGGAGAAGCACCUGAUCGAGAAGAGCACGCGCAAGAAGCUCUUCUUCGACAGCAUGGGCAAGCCGCGGCUGACGGUGUCGUCCAAGGGCCGGCGACGACGGCCGUCAUCCAAGACGCUGCAGCAGGCGAUCAAGUGCGACGACGAGCCGUUCCUGGACUUUCUGGGGCGCUGUCUGCGCUGGGACCCAGAUCGCCGGCUCAAGCCGGAGGAGGCGCUGCGGCACGAGUUUAUCACGCACCAGAAGACGGUACCGAUGCUGAUGGGGCGAGCGAGCAACGGCAGCGUCUUUGCGCUGUCUUCGGGAGGCGGCAGCGGGAGCAGUAACAGCCGCGACGGCGGGUCGCCCAUCCGACGACACAACACAAUAGUCGGCACCGGACCACGGCCACUGCCGGAGCCUCCGGCCGGAUCAGGAUUGACGACGAAGCUGAGCGCGCCGCCGACGAUGCGAGCCGUGGGCGGAGUAGCGGGCAGCAGCAUAGGGUCGAGUCCGCACAAGUCGAACAGCAUGGGCCCGACGAUGUCGUCGUCUCGACGGGCUUCGGCAGUGACAGGAUCGACGGUGUCGGUGGCGAAGCGGACGAGCGGAGGCGUGAUGAACAGCAUGAGCAACAUGAGCAGCAGCAACCUGCCACGGGCUGCCGGACGGGUCGUCAGCGGCACCACCGCCAACAGGGCAGACCUGGCAGCAGCCGGGGCAACGGCAGCGAUGACACGGCGAGCAUGA